GAAAAGAAAAUCAACACGUAAAGUAAGCUGAAAACAUGUUGGUUUGAUUCGGGUUGCAUAGGAAGCAAAGAGCAAGAACCUGGCCUGAGUCUUAGGUCUCCACACUCCUUUGUGGACUAAACAUUCUUUAAAUGUUUACCUAAUUUUUAUAGAUCUUUUUUAGACUCUGGAGAUGUAAAGGUGAACAAGACAUCAGGAUCUCCCAGUCUGAUAUACUUUUGACAUCAUGGAUCGAUUUGGAGAUAUAUCAGAAGGUGAAGUUGACCAUUCUUUCUUUGACAGUGAUUUUGAAGAUGCAAAGAAAUGUGACAGUAAUUUAGAUUUUGACAAGCAAAAUAAUGACCUUAAGGAAAGAAUAGAUAAGGACACCAAAAAUGUAAACUUGAAAUUUGAAAUACAAAAUGAUGACCUUAAAGAGAAAAUAGAUAAUGACCCUGAAAGUGUAAACUUGAAACUAGAAAUACAAACAAAGGAAAAUCACCUCACUCAGAAAGGAAAUGAAAGGAAAGCAAAAGUUUCCUCCAAGGAGUACCAUGUAGAAAAUGAUCCUACACAAACAAGAAGUUCUUCAUUGUCAACCACAUCUUCAAGAUCAAAAAAAUCGUGUGAUGCUUCAAAAGGACAUAAAUUACACCUGCCUGUUCCAAAUAGAAUUCCUAAAAUUGUAAAAGGUGAGGAUGAUUACUACACAGAUGGAGAGGAAAGCAGUGAUGAUGGAAAAAAAUUCCAUGUGAGGGCCAAGUCAGCUAAGCCCUCUAAUAACUUAAAAAAAAACAUAAAUAAAAAGUAUUCCAAAGUCAGUUCUUCCUCUUCUUUGUCUUCCUCAUCUUCAAGAUCAAGUUCAGACUGUUCAGAUACAGGGUCUGAUACCCAUAAAUCUGAUUCACGCCCAUCAUCAAGGAAACAUGUUUCCAGUGUAGCCCUCUCAUCACCGAAACAGAAGUGUAAAUCAGGAAGGAAAUCAGUAGGUGUACAGCCUUCGAGUGCUAAACAAAAAACUGCUAACUGUAAUGAGGAAUCAGGAGACACUGUGACAGAUGUAACUCCUUUGUCAACUCCAGACGUCAGCCCUGUCCAGUCAUUUGAAUCGGGCCCGUCACAUGAUCAGAAAGCAAAAGUUAAAAGGCAAGAAAAUGUGAGCCGGGAUGUGUAUGAGGAUGCAGAGACUUUAAAAAAUGAUUUAAGAUCUCUGAAAUCGGCCAAAAGGAAAGAAAAGCAUGGGCAGAAUUUUGCUCCAAAAUCAUCAGUGUUAGAUGGAAAUCUAGAUCACAGAUCCAAACAAAAAGUCUUAAACGACACCAUGGACCUUAAUCAUCUGUUGAAAGGCAGAGGACAUAGCUCAGUAUUACCAUGCUCACCUAGAAUGGACAAGACCCUGCUUUCAAUUCCCACCAUCACCCCAACAAAAUCAUUUGCUUUUCUGCAAUUAGAUAAAAAGGGACCACAAAAACAUCACUUUGAUCAGCCUUCAGUAAUGCCUAGGAAAAACUACUCUUUCACAAGAGAAGAGGUGAGACAGAUUGAUCGUGAAAAUCAGAGGCUUUUGAAAGAACUGUCAAGACAGGCUGAAAAACCAGGAAGCAAAAGUACAAUUCCCGGAAGAUCGAUUGGCCAUCCCCCUAAGUUAUAUCAUAGUGCUCUCAACAGACAGAGGGAACAGCAAAGGAUUGAAAGAGAAAAUUUGGCUUUAUUGAAACGGCUUGAAGCUGUGAAGCCAACAGUUGGCAUGAAACGCUCUGAACAGCUAAUGGACUAUCAUCGAAAUAUGGGUUAUCUCAACCCUUCACCAUCUGUCAGACGAGUGAGAUCUACUCUUGGCCAUUACAGCCCACUGAGAGGGGCUUCCAGGACAUCCAGUGCCACCAGUGGUCUCAGUUGUAAGACGGAUCGAUCAGUGUUGGACACAUCCAGUGGCUUUUUGCUAAGACCGAAACCCCCUAACGUUCGUACUGCUUGGUUGUAAUACCUUUUUUUUAUGGUAUACAUUGUUCAUCCUAUUUUAACAAUGUAUUUUUAUGUAUUACUGUAAUUCUUUGUAAACAUCUGUAAUACUUUUUUCAACAAUUUAUACAACAAUGAGUAUAAUUUAUUGUUAUUCAGUGCAAAAUUGUUACCAAACACACUUUCAUGUAAAAUCAGUGUUUUAUAUGGUAUCAUAUUUAUAGAAGCUAUAUGUGUAUUUAAUAGAGAAAGGUGUUAUGCAUGAAUAUUUUCUCUGUAGAAAUUCACCUGUGAUAGUGAUAAUCCAUGUUGAACCAAGACACCCACUCUAUUGUUUUCAGUUAUUGUAAGCAUGAAUGUAAGCGCCUCAGGCUUCUGUUGCUUUAGAAUAUCUGUUAACGUGAGUCAUCACUUGAUUGUGUGAUUGUUACACUCCUUAUGAAGAAAAUCUUGAAAUUUGUUUUCAUGGAUGAGCUGAUUGCAAUUUGAUGAGGAGGGCGAGCAGCUUGCACUGGUGUGAUUCUUGAUUCACCAGAGGUACGUCCCUCUAAGAGUUUGGUUAUCCACCCCAAACAAUUUCAUACUGAGUAACAGGGCUUCACUCUAGAAGCUCCUGUUCUGUGCAUUUAUGCAGUCAGGUAAAAUAGACAAGGAUUCUGAGGGAAAAGGUGGCUUUACCAGCCUACUGUCUUGUGACUGGUUUGUAUCCAGAUCAUUUGUAUAAUAAAAACAAUUUGCUAGAUCAAUAUUCCCAGCUAGAAGAGCCAAGAAGCAGACCCCAGAGCAGUGUUUGAAGUGAUACAAUUAGUAUGUGUGCUGUCAUUGUGUAUUUCUUAUAUUAAUAGAAGGCUUAGAGUGAGGAAGAAAUGCUUUAGAGAAACCAAUUAUAAACAAGAAAGAAACUAAUCACACAUUUGUUAAAGCUACUGUCAACCUAUAGGCUGUUAUUUUAUGGAACAAAGUGUGAUAUUUUAUCGUCAUGACUUUUUCAUUACUGGUCUUCUUAGAAUACCUUUAGGACAUAAAUAAGAAUUCCCCACAGCCACAGUGAGCUGUCUGAUUCCAGGGUCUCAGCGCAGUAGCAUAUGUGCCACAGCUGCUUCACCUUCAUUAGCAGGAAGGCUGACUGCGUGUCACCAAAUGCAGGCCAUACCUUGUUGAUCUCACUUUAAUAGAUUGUUUUAGAUAGAGCAGCAAAGGUUGAGAAGGAUGAGGCUAAAAAAAUUGCUGAGUGCACACACACACACACACACACACACACACACACACGGUAAAUGUGCAUACACCACACAGUGUACAAACACACAGCAGGACCGAGGGUUUUUCUUCUGCUUUCUGGAGACUGUAACAUUCUUUGACAAUUUGUUUCUUUGUUCUAAUGAACAAGAUUUCCUACCUGCUUUGUAUAACCUUCAGCAGUGUAAACAAAGGUUUUAUUUUUGUCUUAGUUUUUUAACUCUGAACUUUUAAAGUUUGUGGAACAACAAAAUGCAGCAUUUUGGCAUUUGCCCAAUAGUGAAUUAAUCACUUUUUAUGUUCACAGUGGCAUUAGCCUAUGAGUACAUUUUAUUUGGUCUCUCCAAGUUUCAUAGAUACAGCUGUACUUUGAUUUUAAAUGCUGAUUUGUGCCUUAGAUUUUACUACUUGAAAGAAGUAUGUCUAAGUAUUACUGAUAACAGGGAUUCAACUUCAAGUAAAGGGCAACCACCUUUUAAAAACAAUUUACAAUGUUGUAGAUGCAUAUACAUGAUGACUAUAAGUAGAUGGGUAGGAAUUACAGACAGUACAAACUUAGAAUUCACUGAAAUAAGUCAAAGUACUUUAAGGUUAGGAUUUAGGAGGCAUUUGUAGUGGAGGUGUCAUGAAUGCACAAAUGUAUUCAACUUCACCAACAUAAUGAACACACAUGGGUUAGGGCUUACUGCACAAACUCUGAAGAUCUAUAUCUGUAGCUAGAAAGCAUGUUGGUUUAUCUUACCGAGAACGGUUUUCAUCUCUGUCAAAUGUUAUCUCCUAGUAAGAUUCCGUAAAAGAUUCAAACUAUUAAAAUUAUUCUUAAGGAGUAGCUACUACCUCUCUUUCUCCCCCAGGUUUUUCAGUCUCCACUAAAAACUGCUCUUAAUAGCUAUUCCAAUUAACUAUUCAUGGUUUGCUUGUAAAAAUAGUCAUGCAGCUGUGUUCAACCCAAGCCUUUAAAAGCUUGAAAGGCGAUUGUGAUAAGUCGCUUCUCACCUCCAGAUCCAUGCAGCAACUCCAGAGUAUUAGGUUAAUGGAAAGCUUAAGAUGAGACUUUACCUUAGUUAGCAAUCAAAAACUGUACCGUUUUAAAUGCCAAAGUCUUUAUUUAAACGACUGUAUAUCAUCAUAGAGAAUGUACGUACUGCUAAUGGCUAAGUUGCUUAUUUUCAUGAAUAAAGAUUAGCAAGAAAC